AAGAGCGCUCUCUUUUUUCUCUGGAGCCCCAGCUGCGUUUCCCCCGCCCAGCACGGCACGGCGGGCCGGCCGCCAGGAUGCAGGCCCCUAACAAGGAGCAUCUGUACAAGCUUCUGGUGAUCGGCGACCUGGGCGUGGGCAAGACCAGCAUCAUCAAACGCUACGUGCACCAGAACUUCUCCUCGCACUACCGGGCCACCAUCGGCGUGGACUUCGCGCUCAAGGUGCUCCAUUGGGAUCCGGAGACCGUGGUGCGCCUGCAGCUCUGGGACAUCGCAGGUCAAGAACGAUUUGGAAACAUGACAAGGGUCUAUUACCGAGAAGCUAUGGGUGCAUUUAUUGUCUUCGAUGUCACCAGGCCAGCCACAUUUGAAGCAGUGACAAAGUGGAAAAGUGAUUUGGACUCAAAGUUAACUCUCCCUAAUGGCAAACCAGUUUCAGCAGUUCUGUUGGCCAACAAAUGUGAUCAGGGGAAGGAUGUGCUCAUGAACAAUGGCCUCAAGAUGGACCAGUUCUGCAAGGAGCACGGUUUCGUGGGAUGGUUUGAAACAUCGGCAAAGGAAAAUAUAAACAUCGAUGAAGCCUCCAGAUGUCUGGUGAAACACAUACUGGCAAAUGAGUGUGACUUCCUGGAGUCUACUGAGCCGGACAUCGUGAAGCCCCAUCUCACCUCAUCCAGGGUUGUCAGCUGCUCUAGCUGUGCCAAAUCCUAGUGGCCUCCUUUCUUGGUAAAUGAUGAAAAUAACCACAUCACCCCAUCCAUUGUGCCUUAAUUUUUACCAUUUCAGGUAAAUAUCAGGAGAGGGAUACAUAUGUGGCAUGCCAAAGAUCUCAGCCUGUGUCUUUCCUAUAAGAGAGAAAUAGAAAAUAUUUUUGACGUUUUUUCCCCCACCAUCAUCACAGUGUUUACAAGCUUUUAAAAUAUUUAAUCAGUUACAACAUUCUGUCUCGUAGCUGACCAAAAUUCUGCAGGGCCAGAACCAGUCUUUGUGUUUGUUUCUUUAAAUCUAGAAAGACCUCAGAUCUCAAACAGAAAACGAGAGAAGAGCAGGCUUGCUGUCAAGUUAAGGAUUAGCUUUUGCUGUGACCCUGGUAGUUUUGCCUAGAUUUCCAUAUGUUCUCUGAUGAUCUGUCAGUGAAAACGGCAUUUACUCCAGAGAUGACCUCUAUUCUGGACAGCCCCAAGACCUGUCUCUGAUUUAGCUCUUCAGAGUCGUGUGCACAGCCUCCCUGUGUUUUUGUGGCCUUCAUUGUCACUUGUGUGCCCUGAAUGAAUGUUGGCUUAACUGAAAACUGUGUGGAAAUGCCUGCCCCCUGUAUGUGCCCUUCUGUCAGCUUCCUCUGACUCAAGCUGUGGGGCUUUUCUGUACUUGUAAUAUAUAUUAUAUAUAUUUUCACAAGUGAAAAAUAAAACAUUACAAGAUGCUGUUUCCCUGUUUCUGAAAGCAUUUGAAGUUUUUUUUAGCAUCGUGGACUUCUUUUUGACUGUGUAACCAAGCUUCUCAGAAUGCAUUUCUAAAACCUUAUUUUAAAGACAAGAUGAGAAAUGUGCACUUCAAGGAACUGCUGGACACUAUUAAAGCUCAGAUUAGUCUAUUCCAUCUGCACUUACUGUUCAUACCAAUUUUGAGACCAAGAAAGUAAGCAGCAUAUAUACCUUUUUUAGUUAAUCAGAGGAAUAUGCCUUCAUAUAGCUACUGUUUUUAAAUGGCAUUAUUUUUCCAUCUGAGGCACGCUCAGUGCAGUCUCUCAGAGGUCCUCAGAGCAGUUAAGCCCCAGAUUCCUAUAGGGAUAACCUUCUCAUUUAAUUUGCCUUUUAGUGGCUUCCUUUUCUCACUUCCUGUUUUCGUUUCCUAGUGCUGCUAUAAUAGAAAUACCACAGC